AUGCCUUUGAAUUCCUUUCAAGAAGAGUUUCUCCACGCUCUCAGAGACGGUUAUGAACAAGAAAUGGCGGAAGCCAGCGACACCGCUCGAUGUAAAUUCUUGGUACACAAUCUAUUGAAGCCCCAGCAUGUUCCUGCUCGUGUAGAAGCCAAAGUUCCUCUCCUGGUCAAGGCUUCUUCAGCCAAGCCCCACGGCUAUGGAAUCUUUAUAAAAGAACCUGUUAAGGCGGGAGAGCUAGUUUUCAAGGUCAAGAAGCCAAUGCUGAACAUAGUUGGAGACGGCGAAUCAGAUCUUUCAAAUACUUGUGAUUACUGCUUCACAGCCAAAUUUCAAGACAUUUCGUCAAAGCACUCACCUUCUUCGAUUCAUCAGGAGGACUUUAUUGCAGAUAUGAGACCAAAGUUCAUGCGAUGCGGAGGAUGCCUCGCGGAAGGAGAGAAGACACUUUUGCACCAGCUGUGCAUGCGACUUGUGAUUCGUCUUCUGUUGUUACGUGAGAACAACAUGAUUUCUGAUGAAGAUUGGCAGGAAGUCAAGCGACUCCCGACUGAGAGGAAGGCUAAGCUGGCAGAUCGUAAUCUCUGUCAAAUUUCGCAAGCCUGCGCCGUGUUAUUGUGUAGUAUGAAGAUUUCGAAAAUGGAAUACGAAGAGGUUCGGGAUAUAUUUUACAUGACGUUCCAAAACCAAAGAAAUUUAACCGUGCCUUUGAUUAAGGGACAUUCGUACUUACCUCUGGGUGAUGCCGUCCAUAUAGCUGGAGUCACGUUUGAGCCUUUCACGUCGACAAUUGCUCAUUCGUGCAACCCUAAUUGUUGGAUUAUCUUUGAAGGGCAUGAGUUGUGUCUGCGUGCUCUCAGAGAUAUCACAGCUUUUGAGGAGCUGACGGUGACUUAUGUUCCGGAAUUCUGGGAUCAACUUGGGCAACAAUCUAUACUUCGAAACCGCUUCAACAUUGAGUGCCAGUGUGAGCUUUGUGCUAUGCCGUCUUUGAACGUAUCGAAUUCACUCAAGAACCGCAUUCUUGAGAUUCUAAAUAUGAACUCCUACUCAGCAUCAAACCCUGGACUAAAGACACACUUCACGAAAUUCAUAAAAGAUAUGGAGUCGGAAGGCCUCGGGUGGGACGUUCCAGCGACACUUUUCCUCCAUCAAAGCGCUACACUUCAAUACCUUUUCUCCGGGAACACUUCAGAAUGCCUCAAACGGUCGAUGAAAGCUCGGGGUAAAAUAUCGCAUAGAACUGGUUUGACGCGUCACUGA